AUGUCCGCCUGUCACCUGUCACCACUGGGCGGCGACACUCCGCUGAAUGAGGUGCAGUCCUGGCUGGGCAAGGUGAUCGAGUACAAUCUGAAGAAUGGAAAGCGAAACCGUGCCAAAUCGCUGGUGCUCGCCUAUGAGCAGUUCUCGCCCGGCGCCACACUGGAAAGCGUCCACCUGGCCUGCAUUCUGGGCUGGUGUGUGGAGCUGCUGCAGGCGUACUUUCUGGUGGUGGACGACAUCAUGGACAACUCCAUCACCCGACGGGGACAGCUGUGCUGGUACCGCAAGGAGAGCGUCGGCAUGACGGCCAUCAAUGACGGCAUCAUGCUCAACAACUGCAUCUUUCAGCUGCUCAGCAAGAACUUUGCCUCACAUCCCUCCUACCUGAAGAUGAUCGACCUGUUUAAUGAGAUCACCCGAUUCACCGCCUACGGUCAGUGCCUCGACCUGAUAUCAAACCCACUGAACAAGAAGCCCGACCUGACCAAGUACACCGAUGACCGCUACGACGCCAUCGUCCUCUACAAAACUGCCUACUACAGCUUCAGCCUGCCCAUAAGGCUGGCCAUGUACCUGGGACAGAUUGACGACCCGACGGUGCACCGGCAGGCGGAGGAGAUUCUGCUGAAGAUUGGCCACCUCUUUCAGGCGCAGGACGACUACCUCGAUCUCUACGGCGACCCGAAGGUCACCGGGAAGAUUGGCACUGACAUUGAGGACGGCAAGUGCAGCUGGCCCAUCGUCCAGGCGCUCAAGGUGGCCCGGAAGGAGCAGGCGGCCGCUCUGAUGGCGCACUACGGCUCCUCGGCGGAGGAGAGCGUGGCGAAGAUCAAGGCAAUCUACGCGGAGCUGGACAUCGAAGGCCGCUUCAGGCAGUUCGAAAAGGAGCAGUUUGAUCAGAUUUGCGCACUAGUGGAGCCGAUCGACAACAAAGUGCUCGUCAAGGAUGUCUUUUACGGUCUGCUGACCAUGAUUUACCAAAGAAAGAAGUAA